AACACCGUCCUGCGUCGAUUAACUUCCGGUAAUCUUUUAAUAAAAUGGCGGUGAAAACAAAUCGAUACCUCGGUAAAUGUUUAUACAAACUCGACUGAUACGAAUGGAAACGUUUAACAAAGUUUUGCACGAUACUACGCAUCGUGAACAUUAACGAAAAUAUAUAAUUCGCAUAAAGUGUUUUAAAUAUAUUACAACACCAGCAACAAGCAUUACCUUAUUCAUUGAGGGUUAUACUAAAUUAUUUUGAAAUUUCAAGUAUUAUUUGUACUAUAUAAAUUUGAUAAUCAACACUGUUAUUAUUAUAAUAUUCUAAACAAUGGCUGCAAAAGUAUAUCAGCCGGAUCAAGAGUUAGAAACAAAGGUUAAAAAAGCAACUGAACGCAUAUCUGAGAAUAUGCACAUAGUUGCGAACGAGCCGUCUCUUGCGUUCUAUAGACUUCAAGAACACGUGAGGAAAGCGUUGCCUCCUAUGGUGGAGAAACGGGUGGAAGUGUUAACGCUUCAACAGCAGCUUUUGGGUAGAUGUUACGACGUAGAAUAUGCUGUCAGUGCUAUUAAAACGAUGCACGGAGCUGGAAAAAGUUUUGAGAAUACACUAGAAUUCAUAAAGAAUGCGAUAUUCUUCAAACAACAAUUAAAAUACGAGGAACAACGUAGACAUAAGAAAGAUGCGAACAGAGAUUCCGUAUACAAACGAUUGUCCGCACAUAUUCCCACUUUAGAUCAUUUGCCGGAUGAAAUAUCCGAUGUAGUGAGAGAAACAGCAAACAGAGUAGAGUCUAUGAUGAACCAUGCUAGGCAUUCCGCAGAAAUACAAAAAACAAAUUGAAAUUGAAUAUAGAAGCUGAUACUUUACAUUUAAAAUAUAAUAUUAAAAGAUAUGGAUGUUGAUAUUAUAAAUGAUGGUAAUUAAUUGACUUGCAAUCAAGAAAUUGUGUAAAUAAACACAUUAUAUGAAACAUUA